CUUCAACUCUCGGGCUGCUGAUUCAUCACAGUGACACAGCCCGCAAACGCUAGGCUGUGCAAGCAAUAGCUUUGCAUCCCUUCUGCACGGCUUAGCAAGCUGCACUGCGUGCAUCGAUCCAUUUCACGUGUUUUUAUCACUGACGCAUACUGCUACAAUGACAGUCACCGUCGUCGGCAAGGCCACGAACGUCGUCAAGACCGACAGCUUCGCCAUCGACGAGUGCGUUGGUAAUGUUGCGACCAAGGACGACCGCAUGUCCCUCGCACGCGUAUUUGUGUCGCAGCCGGGCCAGGAGCCGUGGCUGACGCUCGGCUACGACGAGUGGAUCUACUGCUGCAGCGGACGCUUGGUCUUUGGCCUGCCGGACGGGUCGACCGUCGAGCUCAAGGCCGGCGAGACGGCGCUCGUCGACAAGGGCACGCGGUUCCAGCCGCGCUUCCCCGAGGCGGGCACGUCGUACAUCCCCGUCUGCAUCCCGGCCUUCCGCCCGGACCGCUGCGUGCGCGAGGAGGCGAGUUGUUGCUCCGGGGUGGCCAAGCGCCUCGCGGCAUUACAUACCAAGGUCGAGGACGCGCCCGAGGUGCUGUACCACAUGGUUUUGCGUCCGUGUCCUUUGUUUUGGGGUCGAUGGCGUCACGCCCACGCCAUCGAUGCGCGUCGAUGGCGUCACGCCCAUGCCGUCGGUGCGACGUUUCGCUUCGGGGUCGCGUCGACGCCGUCAACGUUCCCUAACGCAGUGCGAGCAGCCCCGCUGGGAGGCCGCCAAGUCCAGUGGAGAGGCCUACUUCCCGCCGACUUUUGAUGAGGAGGGCUUCACGCACGCGACCGGAGUGCCUUCUCGACUCAUAGAGACGGCGAACCACUUCUACCAGGACUCCGAAGCGCCCUGGGUCUGCCUGCGUUUUUCUCGCGCGGCUCUACGGAAGCAGUGCGGCAUUAUCGUCAGAGACGAGCGCGCGAUGCCUGUCGGCAGCAAGGCCGUGGGCGAGAAUUGGACCGACUGGGUCUGCCCGCACGUCGUCGGGGGCAUCCCUCCAUUGGUGGUGGACGCCGUCUUCCCCAUGACGCGCGACGGGAGCAAGUUCGUCUCUAUUGAUGGCGUGACUGAUGUGUAAAUAAUUAUGCUAU